AUGCUCUUCCGCACAAUCACCACCACCCUCUCCGCCCUCUCAACCACAGCCCUCAGCCUCCCCACCCCCUCCUCCUCCCCCGACACCAUAAACCUAUCCCUCCCCUCCAACGGCCGCGCCGUCGAGCAAGGCAUCUACAACAUCGACCGCGAAACCCGCACCCUCAACACCGCCGUCCUCGCCUACACCCCCACCUCAUCCAUCGACCCCAUCCUCCACGGCUGGGCCGAAAUCGACCGCGUAAACCGCAUCGCCUACGACGCCGCAAAGACCUCCGGCGCCUUCACACAGCCCGAGAGCGCCGCCAUUGCCACCGCUGUCACGCGCUCCGUCGGCGUCAGCAUCCCCGUCUUGGUUGCGAAUGUCAAGGCCAAGAAGGCGGAGUUCCGGGCUGCUGGGUAUGAUAAUUCGAUUUUGAGUGCGCUGAAUUUGAUUCUGUUUGAUCAUGAUUCGUUUAGUGCGGCGACGGGGUUGCGGUUGACGGUUGAUGCGUUGCCGGAGGCUGGGGCGGGGGCCGUGGAGGUUGAUUUGGCGUGGAGGGAUGGGGUUGCGUUUUAUGCGGAUUCGGCGGCGUGAGUGGCUGGGUGGGUGUGUGUAUGUUGUGGUUGUGGUUGUGUAUAUUGUUUAUAUCACAUACUCUCCUGUGCUAACAGUGCUUGUCGUUCGUCCGUACGUAUCAUAGAACUUGCAACGGCGGAUCUGCGUCUUCGAGUUGACGUUGGGAUAG